AUGGAGUUGACUCGAGAACAUUUUCGCUCUUUGAUUUUCUACGAUUUUAAAGCAGGAUUUAAUCAAGAAGAAUGCGUUCAGCGGUUGCAAUUAGCAUUUGUUGAUGAAUCUCCAGCUCGUGUUACUGUAUUUAGAUGGUAUAAAGAAUUUAUCAGAGGUCGCACUUUUCUUCAGGAUGAAGAACACACAGGAAGGCCAGUAAUACCGGAUAAUGUGUCUGCUAUACGAAAAAUGUUAAAGGAUGAUAAUCGCUGUACCUAUCAAAUUAUACAGAAGGAACUUAACAUUAGAUCUGCAGCCAUACGCAAAAUUAAACAUGAAGAAUUACAUAUGAAAAAAGUAGUUUGCCGUUGGGUUCUCCAGAAAGAGGAGCAUGUCAGAAUCAGUAAAGAAACUCUUAAAUUGCUAAAUGAUGGUAACCACAGCAUCAUUUCUGAAAUUGUAACGGGUGAUGAAACGUACAUACCGUUUUUUGACGUUUCAACACGUCAAGAAAGCAAAGUAUGGGUCUUUGAAGAUGAUCCCACGAUGAUGAAAAGACAACGCGCACUGAAAAAAGUGAUGUAUGCCGCUUUCUUCAGAAGUACGGGAUUGAUCAAAGCCAUCAAGUUGGAAGGACAGAAGACAGUAACAGCAAACUGGUAUACCACUAAAUGUCUUCCAGAAAUUCUACAAGAAGUGAAUGUUAGGGGACUAGUGCUUCACCAUGAUAAUGCAUCUUCACAUACAGCCGUAUUAACAGUUGAGUUUCUUUAA